UGUCAUGAAAAUCCUGAAACUCAUUCAUUCCCUCAUCUCAUUUCAUUCAUUUUUAUCAGUGUGUCAGCUGUUUUGUGUAGUGGAUGUAGUGAUAAGACUUGAGCCCAGCAAAACAUUCCGAAAUUAUUAAUAAAGUUUCAAGUUCUUGUGAAAUUUCUGUACUUAUGCAUUAGUAAUAGUUCCAAAAGUGUGUUUAUUUCAUUUAUAUACAAUGUCUGAUCUUGAAAGGGUUUUAAAACAAGCAGCGAUGCAAAUAGGGGCCGGCGGCAGUGCCGGGUUUAUAGAAGUGUGUAUAAUGCAUCCGUUGGACCUUGUGAAGACGAGACUACAGAUCCAAUCUAAUAAAACAUCGAAGUUGAGCUCUGAUCCUCACUAUUACAAUGGCAUAGUGGAUUGUAUGAAGAAGAUGUAUAGAUACGAGGGGCUAACGUCGUUCUGGAAGGGUAUUUUGCCGCCGAUUUUAGCCGAAACACCGAAAAGAGCAGUCAAAUUCUUUACAUUUGAGCAGUACAAAAGGUUUUUCAUGUUUGGCUCCAGUACACCAACUCCUAUAACAUAUUCCCUAGCUGGAUUGGGCGCAGGUAUUACAGAAGCCAUCCUGGUCAACCCGUUUGAAGUUGUGAAGGUGACAUUACAAUCAAACAAAGCCCUUGCCACUCAGAUACCUAGCACGUGGUCAGUGACCAGACAGAUAGUCAGAGAAAGCGGUUUAGGGUCAAAAGGACUAAACAAAGGCCUAACAGCAACAAUUGCGAGGAAUGGAGUCUUUAAUAUGGUCUACUUUGGGUUCUACCACAGUGUAAAAAAUUAUAUUCCUGAAUAUCAGGAUCCUCUACUAGAGUUCGGCCGUAAGGUAGCGAUAGGCUUCACAUCGGGGGUUCUUGGAUCGUGUGUGAACAUUCCCUUCGACGUGGCAAAGUCUAGGAUCCAGGGACCACAACCCACGCCUGGGAUUGUCAAGUACAGCUCCACCACCGGCGCCAUCUUGUUGGUGUAUAGAGAAGAAGGGUUCCGCGCGUUAUACAAAGGAUUGCUUCCCAAGGUGCUGCGGCUGGGUCCCGGAGGGGCCAUCAUGCUGGUUGUCUACGACUACGUCUACCACUUCCUAGAUAAUAAGUUUAAUAAACAAUAGGGAAGUAUAACUGGUUUGAACAUAGGCAAACGCAAGUCAUAUAUUACGUGAAAUCAGCACGCCUGUUUUGUAACAUUAUCAUCUGAUACCUGUCAAGUAUGGUUCAAGUUCCAUUCGUCAGGUUUUACGAUUUAAUUUUCUCUCUGUCAUAAAAAUAUCAAAGAUUUAGAUAGAUUUCAAGGCCAGAGUAAAUCUUCUAGGCGAGCUCACUCCAUCUUAGGUCUCGUCAUUGCCUUCGGGCAAGAGUGGGGCCAUGAGCAAACCAAUUAAAGGUAAAAAAAUAGGUCUGGUAAAUACGAUUGAUUCAUUACAGAAACUCAAGCCCAUAAUUCUUAAUUGGGUGGAGCAGAAAUAUAAGUAGUGCCUAAUCAGGAAGAUAACUUGCAAAUGCCCUUGAUAGGUUCUAAAAUAAAAUUUUAAUACAUUAUAGUUACAAUUGCUUGGAUCUGCCACGUUUAGUAUUUUUUAGGCUGACGCCUAUUUUUAAAUAAGCUAAAACACCUCGUAAUUUUGCAGUUAUAAAGCAUUUACAUAUCAAUUUAUGUAUAAAACACAUAAACCAAAGUAGAUAUAUUUAUAUUAAAAAAACAAUACCUAGAUAUGGUCUAAUAUUUAUAUAAUAUAUAAAAUUGUUAUUUUUAUACAAAAUAGUUAACUAUAAGAAACAGUUAUUUGAAUAAUAUAAUUUUCUAAAUAAGGUAAAUAGCUUGAAUAUAGUAUAUA